CGGCGCUCCUUCGCGACGGUUCGGCCUGGUGCCGCGAGCGGCCGUUGCCAGGGUGGGGGUCGCUUUGCGGCAUGGCGAUGGCGGAGGGCGAGCGGACGGAGUGUGCUGAGCACCCCCGAGACGAACCCCCGGCCGAUGGCACUCUGAAGCGGGCAGAGGAGCUCAAGACGCAGGCCAACGACUACUUCAAAGCCAAGGACUACGAGAACGCCAUCAAGUUCUACAGUCAGGCCAUCGAGUUGAACCCCAACAAUGCCAUCUACUAUGGCAACCGCAGCCUGGCCUACCUGCGCACCGAGUGCUACGGCUAUGCACUGGGCGAUGCCACUCGGGCCAUCGAGCUUGACAAGAAGUACAUCAAAGGCUACUACCGCCGGGCGGCCAGCAACAUGGCACUGGGCAAGUUCCGAGCUGCCCUACGUGACUACGAGACGGUGGUGAAGGUGAAGCCUAAUGACAAGGAUGCCAAGAUGAAGUACCAGGAGUGCAGCAAGAUUGUGAAGCAGAAGGCCUUUGAGCGGGCCAUUGCGGGCGACGAGCACAGGCGUUCUGUCGUGGACUCUCUGGACAUCGAAAGCAUGACCAUUGAAGAUGAAUACAGCGGGCCCAAGCUUGAGGACGGCAAAGUGACAAUCACUUUCAUGAAAGAGCUCAUGCAGUGGUACAAGGAGCAGAAGAAACUGCACCGGAAAUGUGCCUACCAGAUCCUAGUACAGGUGAAAGAGGUCCUCUGCAAGCUGAGCACGCUGGUGGAGACGACGCUGGAAGAGACAGAGAAGAUUACAGUGUGCGGAGACACCCAUGGCCAGUUUUAUGACCUCCUCAACAUAUUUGAGCUCAACGGUUUACCCUCAGAGACCAACCCCUAUAUCUUUAAUGGCGACUUUGUGGACCGCGGCUCCUUCUCCGUUGAAGUGAUCCUCACCCUCUUCGGCUUCAAGCUCCUGUACCCAGAUCAUUUUCAUCUUCUUCGAGGUAACCACGAGACAGACAACAUGAACCAGAUCUACGGGUUCGAGGGCGAGGUGAAGGCCAAGUACACGGCCCAGAUGUACGAGCUCUUCAGUGAGGUGUUCGAGUGGCUCCCGCUGGCCCAGUGCAUCAACGGCAAAGUGCUGAUCAUGCAUGGAGGCCUGUUCAGUGAGGAUGGCGUCACCCUGGAUGAUAUCCGGAAGAUUGAGCGGAAUCGGCAGCCACCAGACUCAGGCCCCAUGUGCGACCUGUUGUGGUCAGAUCCCCAGCCACAGAACGGGCGCUCUGUCAGCAAGCGGGGCGUGAGCUGCCAGUUUGGGCCUGACGUCACCAAGGCCUUCCUGGAGGAGAACCAGCUGGACUACAUCAUCCGCAGCCACGAGGUCAAGUCCGAGGGCUACGAGGUGGCCCAUGGUGGCCGCUGUGUCACCGUCUUCUCUGCCCCCAACUAUUGUGACCAGAUGGGAAACAAAGCCUCCUACAUCCACCUCCAGGGCUCGGACCUGCGGCCCCAGUUCCACCAAUUCACAGCAGUGCCUCACCCCAACGUCAAGCCCAUGGCAUAUGCCAACACGCUGCUGCAGCUAGGAAUGAUGUGAGGCUGUCUACAGCAGUGAGCCAGGGCCUGCCCGGCUGGACGGCCCCGCCUUCGGCCUGCUGCCCCGCCCCAGGGCAACGUCGGACCCCCAUUUACUUUGUAAAGUUUGUAUUUAUUCCCCUUGAGGUUGCAGAGGGGUGGGGGCAGCGCGGGGCAGCCGAGGACGGGCUCCUGGUCCGCGGAAGGAGGAGUUGACUGGGGUAGGGCACAGCCUGGGCAUUCGGAGGAAGGCCGACCUGGGUGGGGGUGGGGCCAAGAGGGGGUCCUGCCCCCUCAUCUGCAUGGCUCCUCCCCUGGUAAAGCAAUAGGGCUCUACCAUAGGAAGACCCCAAAGAGGGUCAUCAGGGAGGUCUCCUCCUGGUAGCCUCAGGAUGGGGCGAGGCUGGGGCCCACCCCCAGCUGUUUUAUGUUCUGUAAUUAAAUGUUAAAAUAAAAUAAAGUCAUUAUUGUAAGUCAAA